AGUGUCAAACCCUCGAAACACCCUGUUGGAGCGGGUUGAUCGGCAGGAAGGAAAAUUGACUUAGGAGGCAGGUGAUCGUUGUAAAAUGAAAAUUCAGUACGCCCGCUCCCUUCACAGGAAACAGUAAAAGAGAAAGCCUUUGGAACGUGAUACGCCCGUCCGCCCUGCCCCCCCCCAGUCCGGCUUACGGUCGUUUUACGACAGUGUCCGAUCGCAGGCUUGCUUUCCGGUAGCGUGGUCUGACGCUUCGCUCAAUUUCCGUCAGCGUAGCUCUGGCUACCCCCAGCUGUGGGGUUCGAAAGUUCGAGUCCCACUGCGGGAAUGAGCCUCUUUGACCUCUUUCGGGGCUUUUUCGGCUUUUCUGGACCUCGGAGGUGAGAGCGGGUCCGGGCCAGAGAAGGUGGGGCGGGAUCCUCUGAGCUGAUUUUGUGGUUUAAGUAGUGCUGAAAUCUUGGUGGCCGAUCUGCCUCCACCCCUAGCCACAGAGAUCCCUUUUUUGGAGGGAUGACUCGCGAUGAAGAUGAAGAUGAUGAGGAAGAAGAAGGAGCCACGUGGGGCCGUGGGAGCUCGAGAUUUGAGGGUCCCCAGCCCCCCGAGGAAUUUGGCUUCGGCUUCAGCUUCAGCCCAGGAGGAGGGAUGCGUUUCCACGAUAACUUCGGCUUUGAUGACCUAGUACGGGAUUUCAAUAACAUCUUCAGCGAGAUGGGGGCCUGGACCUUGCCUUCCCGCCCUCCUGAACUUCCAGGUCCUGAGUCAGAGACACCUGGUGAGAGACGGCAGGAAGGACAGACGCUUCGGGACUCAAUGCUUAAGUAUCCAGAUAGUCACCAGCCUAGGAUCUUUCGUGGGGCCUUGGAGAGUGACGCAAGAACUGAAUCCUCCAAACCAGCACCAGGCUGGGGCUCCCAGAGACCUUUUCAUAGGUUUGAUGAUACGUGGCCUGUGACCCCCCAUUCUAGAGCCAGAGAGGACAAUGAUCUUGAUACCCAGGUUUCCGAGGAGGGCCUUGGCCCAGUUCUGCAGCCCCAGCCCAAAUCCUAUUUCAAGAGCAUCUCUGUGACUAAGAUCACUAAGCCAGAUGGGACAGUAGAGGAGCGCCGGACUGUGGUGGACAGUGAGGGCCGGAAAGAGACCACAGUAACCCAUCAAGAAGCAGGUGGCUCUCCUAGAGAUGGUCCAGAAUCACCAACACCUCCAUCCCUGGAUGAUGCCUUUUCUAUCCUGGAUUUGUUCCUAGGACGUUGGUUCCGGUCCCGGUAGCCUUGUUAACCCUCAGAGGCCUUUAGGUUCUUUUUGCCUCCCACCCUUUGCUCACCAGCAAUGGGCUUAGUUCUCCUCCUGCCACGUCAGCACCUUGGGUGUGUGGAACAGUGAAUUGGGGGUAUGUCAGUAUGUCACUCACCCAGACUGACCAAUAAAACCUUUAUUUAUGCUAA